UUUUCAACAUCCUUCACACGCAAAGGGUGUUCCCAACUACCAAAUUGGUAAAACCAAAACACAAAUCCAUUCCAUUCACUUGCGUUAUCACAUUCAGUUUCGCAUUUAACAACAAAAAACGCGUUUUCUCUCAACCCCUUUGACCCAUUCCAAAUCUUCAAUCAAACACAUCAUUAUCACAUCCAUCACAUAACAAAUUAACACCAUCAUCAUCAACAUCAUCAUCAUCAUCAUCAAAAACAGAAAAAAUAAAACACCACAAUUCAAUAUCAUCAAAAACAAAACAUUUAUAUCCUAAGGCUUAGGCCUUUACCAACAAACACCACAAACACCAUGUCAAUGCUCCAAACCGACGACCAAAUCAAACAACUAAACGACAUCUUCAAACGCUUCGACAUGGACUCUGACGGCAGCCUAACCCACCUCGAGCUCGCCGCGCUCCUCCGCUCGCUCGGCAUCAAACCAACCGGCGACGAACUCCACGCCUUACUCAACAACAUGGACAACAACAACAACGGUUACAUCGAAUUCGACGAGCUUGUCAGCGCCAUAAUGCCCGACAUGACCGAGAGUGUCUUAAUCAAUCAAGAACAGCUUCUCGAGGUUUUUCGCUCCUUCGACCGCGAUGGCAACGGCUUCAUCACGGCGGCGGAACUCGCCGGAUCCAUGGCGAAGAUGGGACAUCCUUUGACUUAUCAUGAACUUGCUAACAUGAUGGCUGAAGCUGAUAGCAAUGGUGAUGGUGUUAUUAGUUUCAAUGAGUUUGCUACUAUUAUGGCGAAAUCUGCUGCGGAUUUUCUUGGUGUUAAGGUACAAUAGAUAUAUGAUAAAUUAACCUUUGUGAUUAUGCCAGUUCAUUCGACAACUAUGCAGAGACAUCAGAUCAGAUGAAAGAAUGCGAGUUCGAACUCGCAAUAUCGGAAAAAAAAAUUACUAGGGUUGAUUUGCUAAGCCUUUUAUUUUAUAAUUUUAAUUGUUAUUUAGGAGAAAGAGAUAAAAAAAUGUUGAAGCGUAAAUGGGAAUUGGAAAAAAAACUAAAGAUAUUUGACAUGAAGGUUGACUAAUUGUUGUAAAUGUAAUUUUGUAGAUAUCUAAUAUCAGUUUUUUAUUA